AUGCCGGACCGGCCGGACAAGGGGCACGGGCAUCCGCUGCCCAAGUUCGGGGAGUGGGACGUGAAGAAUCCGGCCACGUCCGAGGGCUUCACCGUCAUAUUCCAGAAAGCCCGCGACGGCAAGAAGACCACCGGCCCCGGGAACGUGCGAGCAGGCAUACCGCCGGCCUUCAGGAACGCCGGCGGCGACGGCGGCGACGGCGGGUACAGGCCUGACUUCAAAUACGGCGACAGCAGCCAGUACACGCCGCCCAAACGCAUCAAGAAGAAGUGGGCCUUCUGUGGCUGCUGA